GGAGUGACAGCAGGCAGGCAGGCAGCAGCAGGGAUGUUGUUCUAAUUGUUGCCGUUAGAUACCUGGGUUUCUCUUCCUCCUCGCUCCUUUUUAUUUUUUUAAAGGGGUGUAUGCACCACCUCCCCAUUCACGUAUCUUAUGGGAGAUUCCGACUGGUUCCCUGUUGCCGUUCCAGGAGGGAAAGAGGAGUGAAAGAGAGGAGCGCAACUCGACUCUGAGGUGCAGGGGGAUUUUUUGCUGCUGAAGGAAAAGCCGAGUGACGAAGAAGCAGAAAAUGGGACCAGCUGCCACCUCACUUGCACUCUUGUGUUUCUGCUCUCUGGCUGUGUGUGUUCCUACAGGGACGACGGACGCGGCAUCAACACAGGAGGUGAAGAGGGGAAGAGGUGACGUUCCUGAUAUUCUCCCAACCCCUGACCCAGAGCCAACCCCUCCAGUAUCAGACUUUGAAAACUCAUACAACUAUGUCUUGUCCAGGCUGGCUGGCAUGGACCAGGCCAUCCAUAAGCUGAAUGUUGGUCACUACACCCUUGAUGUUAAAGUCAGCCAGCUGAUGGACCGUCUGUCCAAGAUAGACGCUAAAGUUGGUGAGCUGGAGGACAACAUCCGGGAGGUUUCCCAACACAGCAAGGACAACCGCAAGGAGAUGGGAAGACUGGAAGGCUGCCAGAAGGGCCGGCGGCUGGGCUACAAGUGCUACCUGGUGUACAACAGCCAGGAGGACUACGCCGGGGCGGCCCGGAAGUGCCUGGAGCGCGGCGGCCGCAUGGCGAUGCCACGUGACCGCAAGGAGCAGGAGGCCCUGGCCGACUACGUCAAGUCCUUCUUCCGCCCCGGGAACUGGCCCGUCUGGCUGGGCGUCAACGACCUGCGCUCCGAGGGCUUGUACCUGUUCGACGACGGCACGCGGGUGUCCUACUUCCAGUGGCGGAAGCACUUCCUGUCCAGCCAGCCGGACGGCGGGAAGCGGGAGAACUGCGUGGCCAUGUCGUCGGACGACGGGGACUGGUGGGACCACUACUGCGACCGGACCAUGAACUACGUCUGCGAGUUCGACGACAGGGUGGCUCUUUAAAACCAACUCCUCUUUGAAUAUAUUGCAACAAGUUACGGAUCAUUAGAAAUGAAACUCAAUUUUAUUUAAUAAUAAUGUGUUCCUUCUGCCUUUUCAAGCAUAUUUUACUCUGAAGUCCAAUAUAUUGAACUUAUAGAGUGAAACAAACAAGUGUGACGAGUCCUGGACCUGGUCGCUGCUGCAGGGGGACGACAGUUAGGACUCUCUUGAGAUUUCAUUCAUGGAAUUGUAAAUAUUUUUCUUUCAAGUCUCCCAAAAAGGAAAGAAAAAUUGAAAUUUAGAGGCACUUUCAGCACCAGCACAUACCAAACGCUUUCAAAAUAUACUUGUGUGUACUUUGUCUUAUAAGGAAUUAGGCUGGGACUGGACGGGGAUAGCUGCUUCCUAUAGGAAGUGCGGUGCAGGGCGUGACCUCUGCAGCUGCCGGACCAGCCAACAUUUCUGACCAGAGACCUUUUACAGCUAUAGCUUCACUUCCCAUACCCGCCUAUGCAUACAUCAAGUCUAAAAACACAGUUAUAGUGUGCAAUGAUGAGCCACAAGGUGAUGUUUAUUCAUGAUUCUCCACUAAAUUCAAAAAUACUUUAUUAAUCCACGAAGGGAAACUAAUUCACAUUGAUAUGGGUUACAACACAAUUUUCGGAUCAGUGCUGUGUGAAAAAGAAUUUAAAAGAAAAGAAAAAUUAAAAACAGAAAAAAAAAAAAA